AAAAAAAAAAAAAAAAAAACAGCUCCUUCAUAUAAACCUUGAAAAUCCCCAAACUCUCUCUCUUUCUAAACCCAUAUUUCUCUCUUUCUCUCUCUAAAAUCUCAAGAUUACAUAGAGGCUAUGUUCCUUCGACGACAAAUGCAUCGUACGACGUCGUUGCGUCGUAGGAUUUCUCAGUUUCCGCUACAUUGUUUCAGGGUUUGAUUAGCUAUUCAGAGAAGCGCUUCAGAAUUUUUUGAUUGUUUGAAUGCGUGUGGUUUGCUUGUUGAUUGAAUCAAUGGGGUUUUUGUUUGGAACCAAGUGAAGCUAUUUUUUUUUUUUUGGUUAAACGAAUUUGUUUGGGAUUAGGGUUUUGUAAGAGAUGAGGGAGGGUUUAAGAUCUGGGAAGCAAUUGGUGAAUCAGGGGAAAGAUAAGGUUUCUCCUAGGAAAAUUGUUGAGAAUGAAGUGAAAGUUAAGGUUUCUCCUAGGAAAACUGCUGAGAAUGAAAUGGAGGAGACGGGUUCGGGUUCUGGUUUGGAUGGUGAGGGUGAGGAAAACCCGCAUUUGGUUUCUGGAGAUGUGGAGACUGAGAGGGAGUCAGUGGUGGUGGAAAUUGAGGAAAGUAAAGUUGUGUUGGUGAAGGAAGAGUGUGUUGAGGAUGGUGAGGUGGGUGAGAGGGAAGGUGUUGGGUUGGUUAAGAAUGGGAGGAAACGGAGGAGGGCCAUUGGUGGUGAAGAGAGUAAACUUGGUGGUGUUAUGAAGAAGAAAGUGAAGGAAGAAGAGGAUUCGGAUUGUAAAGUGCAGAUUGGUGUUCGGGUUUUGAGGUCGAGGUCUGUGGGGAAAAUUCAAGGUGAUGAGGAAGGUGAUAAGGGUGAGGCUGAAGGUGGUUUUGUUGGGAAAGGUGGACAGAGUGACGGGUGUGAGAAGGAAAAGGUUAAGGUGGAAAAGGAAGAGAGUGAUCAACCGGUUGUUGGGGUGAGGAAGAGGAAGUUGAAAAAGAAGCGUGGGAGACCCCCCAUGGUGAAAAAAGAUGAGGUUGAUUUAAGGGUUGGUAGGAUAAGGACGAAUUUGAAACGUAAGCGUGGAAGACCACCAAAGGCAGAAAAUGAAGAGGGUGAUCAAGCGGUUCGUAGGUUGAGAAAGAAGUUGAAACGUGGGCGGGGGAGACCCCCAAAGUUGGAGGAAAGCAAUGAGAGUAUGAAGGCUGAGCCUCGUAAGGAAGGAAGGGUGGGUGGGUCAAAGAAAGGUGAGAAGGGUUUAAAGCUGAGACACAGGUGGAAGAGGAAUGCAUCUACUGAUAGCUCACGCUUGGAAAAGAGAAUUAUUGAGAAAGAAUUGAAUGCUAGGAGGUUUUCACCUUCCAAGAAGAAUACACGUGGGAAAGAUUUAGAGAAUGAGGACAAGGCCUCAUUAGAGCCAAAAUCAGACAUGGUGAAUGCAUCUAGUACCAGGAGAACUAUAAGAGAAGGAGGGAAAGCUAAACAAGAUGAUGGUAUAUCUACGGAAAAGCAGUUAGUAAGAGAGAAAAUAACAAAACUACUUUUUAGUGCAGGCUGGACAGUUGAAUAUAGGCCCAGGAAUACCAAAGAAUACCUUGAUGCGGUUUAUAUUAGUCCAGAUGGGAAGACUCACUGGUCAGUUACCUUGGCUUACAGAGUGCUUAAAGAGCGUUAUGAAGCUGGUAAUGGUGAAUCUAAGACUUAUAAGGCUGGUUUCAUAUUUACUCCUAUACCAGAUGAGGAAUUCAGCAUGCUAAAAAGGAUAGUUUCUAAAACAAGGGUGGACAAAAACAAAAGGAAGAAGAAGCACAAGGGUGGAAAUAAGACUGGAGUUGUUGAAAAGAAAAGGCACAAGGAAAAACAAAAUUCUGUCCUGAGUCCAGGGAGUAAGUCAAUGAAGGGGAAAGGGAAAUCUUUGCUUUGUGAGCAGGAUUACUCAGAUGGUACAUCACAAGACGUAAUGCAGGUAUCAGUCAGGGACCAUAAGCGGCGAAAAACGCAAAAUAAAAAGCGAUGUGCUUUGUUGGUUCGCAACACUAUGGAGGGGGUGGAUUCGGAUGUUAAUGGUUAUAUACCAUAUAAUGGGAAACGUUCCGUGUUGUCCUGGAUGAUUGAUUUGGGGACAGUACCACUGAAUGGGAAGGUGCAGUACAUGAAUCAGAGAAGGAAAAGUGUAAAGUUUGAGGGUAGGAUUACAAGAGAUGGCAUUCAUUGCGACUGCUGUAGUGACAUCAUCCCAAUUUCAAAGUUUGAAGAUCAUGCUGGAAGCAAACUCUGUCAGCCAUUUCAAAAUAUAUUUCUUGAGACAGGAAAUUCCCUUUUGCAAUGCCUGCUAGACUCAUGGAAUAAACAAAAGGAAUCUGAACGUGAAGGGUUCCAUUUCAUAAAUGUUGAUGGUGAAGACCCAAAUGAUGAUACGUGUGGUAUCUGUGGAGAUGGUGGGGACUUAAUCUGUUGUGAUGGUUGCCCAUCAACAUUCCAUCAAAGCUGCUUAGAUAUUAAAAAGUUUCCUUCAGGUGAUUGGCACUGUGUAUAUUGUUCAUGCAAAUUUUGUGGGAUGGUUGGUGGGAAUAUGCGUCAAAGGGAUGAUGCUGAUGAUGUGGCCAUAUCCGCACUACUUACCUGUCGAUUGUGUGAGGAAAAAUUCCACCAACCCUGCAUUCAGGUGAAGGAUGCUAUAAAUGUUGAUUACAAUAGUCUAUCCUUCUGUGGGAAGAAAUGUCAAGAGUUAUUUGAUAGACUAAAGAUGCUUCUUGGGGUCAAACAUGAGCUGGAAGAAGGAUUUUCAUGGACUCUUAUCCAACGGUCAGAUGUUGGGUCAGAUAUUUCUCCUAGUGAAAUUCAUUCGGAGGUUGAAUGGAAUUCUAAGCUAGCUGUUUCUUUUUUCAUAAUGGAUGAGUGCUUCUUACCUGUUGUUGACCAUAGAAGUGGAGUCAAUCUGAUCCAGAAAAUUAUCUACAAUUGUGGGUCAAACUUCACUCGUCUGAAUUAUAGUGGUUUUUUCACUGCAAUACUAGAGAGGGGUGACGAGAUCAUCUCUGCAGCAUCCAUUAGGAUCCAUGGAAACCAAUUAGCAGAGAUGCCAUUCAUUGGUACCCGCCAUAUGUAUAGGCGUCAAGGGAUGUGCCGUCGGCUUCUAAGUGCCAUUGAAUCUGCUCUCUGCUCUCUGAAUGUUGAGAAACUGGUCAUACCUGCUAUCUCCGAACGUAAAGAUAUGUGGACUUCAAUUUUUGGUUUUAAGCCCCUUGAAUUAUCAAGCAAGAAGAAUAUGAGGAACAUGAAUAUGCUGGUGUUCCCUGGUAUAGAUAUGUUGCAAAAACCACUAUCGAAGUGUGAGUUUGCUGAAGACAAUACAAAUUCUGCGCAAGGUUUGAUGUCCACUGAGCUUGUGCCAGCACGUAAUUCUGAUGUGAGAUGUUCUGCUGGGUUUGAUUUGAAUGUUUCUAGUGAGGCUUGUGCACCUCAUGCGAGUGAUACAAAUGAUGAACCUGCUGUACUUGAAUCUGCUUUGCAGCUUCCUGAUGGCUCCCUGAAUGAUACAUCUGACAUAACAACUGAUACUAUUGAUUUACCCAAAUGUGUUACUGAUAUGCAUUGUCAAGCUCAAUUGUGUGUGAUCCAAAAUAAUCUGGAGGAGAGCAAAACUGUUGUGAAACAGCUGGAUUCAGUUUGUGAUGCUAAUGUACCAAAUGGGGAGGUUAGGGAAUAUCAAAUUGCUGCUUCUGGUUCCAUCAUUCCUACUUCUGAUGAGAAGACAAUGGAAUUGGACUCCCAGUCAGACUGUAACUGUAUUUCUGAGGUGGAAAGCAAAACAUUCAUGGUAUCUAUUGGGUCUGAAUCUACUGAUUGUGGCAAAGGAUUUGUCAGUGCUUCUGGGGAGGAUACUGAAAAUGUUGAUUGUGAGAUGAAAAUAGAAGAUAGCACUGUUGAACAGAGAGUCAAUUCUGGUGGUGAGGAUUCUAUAUGCCACUCUGAUGGAUUGAAAGUGUCCGGUGAGAAUGUUGUUUCCCAUGAUCUGGAUGCUACAAGUCAGAUGUCUAUUGAUGCAAGGGACACUAAGCAUCAUGGUUCUCAACAGUUGCAGGUCAUGGGAUGUGUUCUUGAGUUGGAUGAAAGGAUGCUUGACACUCAAGAAGGAAACAAUAGCCAUGCUGCUGCUCAGGAUGUGUCUGGUUCUCAGAUUACUAGCAAUAUCUCAAGUGAUGUAGCUCUCCCAACUUACCCCUCAGUCAACCAAAAAGAACAAAAUGUUGUGAAUGGUUUUCCUGUCGACUGCAGCGUUAGUCCUUCCUGCCAGGGCAAUGGGCUGGAUUCUAAUGGGGCAGAUGUCACUGCUACAGUUGAGGGUAGUUGUCAAUUUUCAUGUGAAGCUUCUAUAAAUCCCACCAUGAAACGUAAUUUCCCGGCUUGCAUGAGUAAUGGAGUUUGCAUGUCCACAGAGGUCACAGUUGGUUCGUGUGAGGUUAAUGUGGAUGGCAUCCAUGAAGAGAAGGAAGCAUCAAAUGUGGCUCAGACUAUUUCUGAUUCUACUGAUCAGGAUGCAAUUCUUGAUAGACCUGAGGUGAAUAACAAAUGUUUAAAGCAAUUUGAAUCCGGUUCACAGUUUGAUCAUAUAGGAGUAACAUGCAUGUCCACAGAGGUCAAAGUUGGUUUGUGUGAGGUUAAUGUGGAUGGCAUCCAUGAAGAGAAAGAAGCAUCAAAUGUGGCUCAGACUAUUUCUGAUUCUACUGAUCAGGAUGUAAUUCUUGAUAGGCCUGAGGUGAAUAACAAAUCUUUAAACCAAUUUGAGUCCGGUUCACAGUUUGAUCACAUAGGAGUAACACAGUGCAAUUCAAAAUCUUCUGAGCAAUCUGAGUCUGAUUUGCAGAAUGAUCAUGCAAGUGUCACACAUUGCAGUUCUGAAUCUAUGUGCAACUUAAACAAUGCUUCUGAUGUGGCUCUUCACUGUGCCUCUAGUGGGGGUAAUUCACGUGGAACCCCUGAGGUAUUUGUUCUAUCAAACCAGGCUAGUUGAUUUCCUCUUGGUUCAUAUGAAGUAGAACACGGGAUUGUGAUGGCAGUUGUUAACACAGGUGCCGGAUGGCCUCGUUUAACCAAUUUUGUAAUUGAUUAUGAUGUGGGCAGAGUUUUUGAUGCUUCGUUGCCUUGGUGUUGCCAGCUUUUUUUGAGAAGGGGAAAGAGGUAGUGUAUGGAUAAGCCCUUGAAAAAUGAAGAUUCUAUGAAUAGGAUAUGUAAAACAUUCCCAUGUAGGGUUUGAAGGGUUUUCAAAGCCAGGGUGCCCCUUGUCCCCCCAACCCUCCUAGCUCAGCCACUGCUUCAUCAUGAUAUGGUAGAGCUUAAGCCGAUGAUUACCAAGAGUUUGUCAAUUCAUUCAUGCUCACCCCCCAAGUUCAGAUAUUUUGAUUUUUUUUUUUUAAUCCCUAAGAAUUACGAGUACAGUUUUAAAUAGCAAUGUAAGAUAUUAGUCUAAUGUAGGGUAGCAAAAUGUCUAUUAGAUCCCUGUGAGGGUGCUGUAUUUUGGGACUCUCCCAUGCUCAUUGUAAAUGGAACAGUGCAUUGCUUAAUCAUGAAUAUAGGGUGUCUUUUUGGGCUA